UAAGCACUUGCAAAAUAUUUCUUUUCAUUGCUGCUUUCUUUUGCUAGCAAUUGCAAGGUCUUUCCAAAGAUGGUGUCAAUAUUAGGGCACCAUCUUAUGCUAUAUGUUUUUAUCAUUUUCAGCUUCAUAGUUAUCACUGUAGUAGCUGAAUCUGAUGGUCGACAAUUAAAUACUCACGGUAAAUCACCGCUACUACCAUCCACAACUCCUAACGAUAAUAGAUGGUUUUCAUUGUCAUCCCUAACGAUAAGAAGAUCACCACCGCCACCGCCUAGACUCAGACCGCCUCCGCCGCCGCCCAGACUCAAACCGCCGCCGCCGCCGCCCAGACUCAAACCGCCUCCGCCGCCGCCCAGACUCAGACCGCCUCCGCCGCCGCCCAGACUCAGACCGCCUCCGCCGCCGCCCAGACUCAGACCGCCGCCUCCGCCGCCCAGACUCAGACCGCCGCCUCCGCCGCCCAGACUCAGACCGCCGCCUCCGCCGCCCAGACUCAGACCGCCGCCUCCGCCGCCCAGACUCAGACCGCCGCCUCCGCCGCCAAGACUCAGACCGCCGCCUCCGUCGCCCAGACUCAGACUGCCUCCUCCGCCGCCCAGACUCAGACCGCCUCCGCCGCCGCCCAGACUCAGACCGCCUCCUCCGCUUCCCAAACUCAGACCGCCGCCUCCGCCAGCGCCAAAACUUCCACCAUCACCGCCGCCAAAAUCUCCUAUAUUACCACCAUCUUUGCCUCCAAAACGUACGCCUUCAUCAUCACCACUACCACCACCAGAAUCUCCGAUAUUACCACCAUCUUUACCACCAAAACGUCCACCUUUAUCGUCGCCUCCACCAUCUCCAAUAUCACCACCACCAAAAUAUCCACCAUCAUCACCACCAAAAUCUCCUACACUACCGCCGUCUUUACCGCCAAAACUUCCACCUUUGUCAUCACCGCCACCAUCCCCGGUAUCACCACCACCAAAAUAUUCGCCAUCAUCGCCGCCAAAACGUGCACCUAUGCCACCUCCAUCAUCUCCAGUGUCACCACCACCAAAAUCUCCACCACCAUCGUCGCCAAAAUCCCCUACAUUACCACCAUCUUUACCACCAAAACGGGCACCUUUGUCAUCACCUCCACCAUCUCCAGUAUCGCCGCAACCAAAAUUCCCACCACCAUCGCCGCCAAAGUCCCCUACAAUACCACCAUCUUUACCGCCGAAACGGGCACCUUUGUCAUCACCUCCACCAUCCCCAGUGUCGCCGCCACCAAAAUCCCCACCACCAUCGCCGCCAAAGUCCCCUACAAUACCACCAUAUUUACCGCCAAAACGGGCACCUUUGUCAUCACCUCCACCAUCCUCAGUGUCGCCGCCACCAAAAUCCCCACCACCAUCGCCGCCAAAGUCCCCUACAAUACCACCAUCUUUACCGCCGAAACGCUUACCUUUGUCAUCACCUCCACCAUCCCCAGUGUCGCCGCCACCAAAAUCCCAACCACCAUCGCCGCCAAAGUCCCCUACAAUACCACCAUCUUUACCGCCGAAACGGGCACCUUUGUCAUCACCUCCACCAUCCCCAAUGUCGCCGCCACCAAAAUCCCCACCAUCAUCGCCGCCAAAGUCCCCUACAAUACCACCAUAUUUACCGCCAAAACGCGCACCUUUGUCAUCACCUCCACCAUCCCCGGUGUCGCCGCCACCAAAAUCCCCACCAUCAUCGCCGCCAAAGUCCCCUACAAUACCACCAUACUUACCGCCAAAACGGGCACCUUUGUCAUCACCUUCACCAUCCCCAGUGUCGCAGCCACCAAAAUCCACACCAUCAUCGCCGCCAAAGUCCCCUACAAUACCACCAUAUUUACCACCAAAACGGGCACCUUUGUCAUCACCUCCACCAUCCCCAGUGUCGCCGCCACCAAAAUCCCCACCAUCAUCGCCGCCAAAAUCCCCUACAAUACCACCAUAUUUACCGCCAAAACGGGCACCUUUGUCAUCACCUCCACCAUCCCCAAUGUCACCACCACCAAAAUCCCCACCAGCAUCGCCACCAACGUCCCCUACAAUACCACCAUCUUUACCGCCAAAACGCCCACCUUUAUCGUCACCCCCACCUUCCCCAGUGUCGCCGCCACCAAAAUCCCCACCAUCAUCGCCCCCAAAAUAUCCUACAUUACCACCCUCUUUACCGCCAAAACGUCCACCUAUAUCAUCACCUUCACCAUCUCCAGUAUCACCACCAAUGAAAUCUCCACUGUCAUCACCGCCAAAAUCUCCUACAUCACCGCCAAAAUCCCCUACAUCAAUGCCACCACCACCAUUGAAAACUCCACCGUCAUCGCCCCCUCCUCCACCCUCUCCAUUUUUGCCAAUUCCAAUAAGAACACCGCCUCCUCCUCCACGCUUUCCAUUUUGGCCAUUUCCAAUAACAACACCACCUCCUCCUCCACGCUCUCCAUUUUGGCCAUUUCCUUUUCCAUUUCCUAAUAAUUCACCACCUCCACCAAAAACUUAAUAGAUAUUUCUAAGUAUUUUAUUGGAACCACUAGUGAUGAAUACAAGGCCUAACUUAUGACUAGCAAGACUAGAGAAUAAUAAUCAUAUGAAAUAUUUUAAAUAAAUGCACUAAUGUAUUCUGAUUGUAUUAAAAUAAUAUCACAGAAAUAAAAUAUUAUGUUUAUUUUACAAGUUA